CCCCUGGAUCCACUACCAGCCCUGGAUUCCAAAAUAUGCCUUGACUGCCCUACCUCUGCUGAAAUUCUGCUUGACUGCAGCCCACCCCUCCAGGGAUGGAUAGGGGCCUGGAGAGGAGCAAUGGCAGGGGCAGGCGGCAGAGGUGUCCCCUUACUCCCAGGCCAGGACCCCAUAGCAGGUGUGACCGACCCAUCACGACCCAACUCUGCCCCUCCAGACUUCGUUUCCUGGCCAGUAAGGACAUCUGGGCGUCCUUACAUCCCGCCAGCAGCUGUGCUUCUGCCACAAAAGAGUUAAAUCCGCCUGCGACCAGCGACCGGUGCCCUAGCAAAGCGCCUUCUCGGCGCCUCUUGAUUGGCGGGUGGGAGUGGGCGGGGCCUGCUCAGGGAUAGGCUUUAAAAACGGUGCCUGCCCGGCUGCCGCUGCCCGCACAGGCUCACCUUGGCCAUGAUUGGUGCGGCCAGCCGAGACCCGGCGGAGGCGCCCGAGGAUCGGCGUUUCCUCAGCACGGAGGAGGCAGCUGCUCUGGAACGGGAGCUGCUGGAGGAUUAUCGUUUUGGGCGGCAGCAGCUGGUGGAGUUAUGUGGCCAUGCUAGUGCUGUGGCUGUGACCAAGGUGUUCCCCUUGCCUGCUCUCUCCCGGAAGCAGAAGACGGUGCUGGUCGUGUGCGGACCGGAGCAGAAUGGGGCGGUAGGGCUGGUCUGUGCCCGGCACCUGCGGGUGUUUGAGUAUGAACCGACCAUCUUCUACCCCACACGUUCACUGGACCCGCUGCACCAGGACCUGACCACCCAGUGUGAGAAGAUGGACAUCCCCUUCCUAUCCUAUCUGCCCACAGAGGUCCAGCUCAUCAAUGAUGCCUACGGGCUGGUGGUGGAUGCUGUGCUGGGCCCUGGCGUGGAGCCCCGUGAGGUUGGGGGCCCCUGCACACGUGCGCUGGCCACACUCAAGCUGCUGUCCAUCCCCCUCGUGAGCCUGGACAUUCCCUCAGGCUGGGAUGCGGAGACCGGCGAAGACUCCGAGGACGGCCUGCGGCCCGACGUGCUGGUGUCACUGGGUGCGCCCAAGCGCUGCGCUGGCCGCUUCUCCGGGCGCCACCACUUCGUGGCUGGCAGGUUCGUGCCCGACGACGUGCGCCGAAAGUUCGCGCUGAGUCUGCCGGGCUACACGGGCACCGACUGCGUGGCGGCGCUCUGACCGCUGCGCGUGCCCACGCGGCCUGGACGGGCCCCAAUAAACACACAUCCCACCA